GAUCCACUUUUUGGACGCGGCUUCUGAUGAAGCGCCCAGCUGCGGCCAAGGCGAUGCCCGCGGCGAAGCUCCGCAGGCCAGCUGCAUGGCACGAGCAGGAUAAAGACGAGGAGGACGACACCGACGAGGGGCCUCUGGUGAGCAUCGCCGCCACGCGCGGCAAGGGCAAGAACACCCUCAAGGACGACGAGGACGCAGAGGACGGAGCAGCUGAUUCCCGCACGACGACUCGUGCCCAGAGGCACACCUUCGCGAAGAAUCGCCACCUCUUCGAUCAGGCCUUGGUGGCCCAGUUCGACAAGCUGAUGGACACAGCCAACAAGACCGUCGGCAAGCAGGCGCAGAUCAACCAGAUCAUCAACAGCUGCGUCACGAGGAAGGCUGCUGGCGGUGUGGGUGUCUUGAUCAAGGCACGCUCGGUGAAGCGCUUCCAGCGCAGCAUGAUGCGCGACGAGAACAAGGAGACGGCGCACGGCCUUGGAUGGUGGAGUCUCGUCGGGACGAAGUUCGGCGGCUCGGAGUCCUUGGCGCAGAAAGCGCUCGACGCAGGGGAGGUCUACCAGGCAGAGGACACGGGGCUCUACUACCAGAAGUCCCACACCAUCGAGCGGACGAGAGUCCAGGAGAAGGGCUACAAGGGCGAGGAGGACACGGGCGGCCUGCUCUCGACGGACGAGUUCGUGCAGGCGUUGUGCGACCAGGAGGAGCAGCUCACCGCGGAGCCUCUCGGCGACUGGUUCAAGCAGUGCCAGAAGGGGGUCCCCAAGAAGAUCGCGGGGGCGCAGGCGGACGACGGCGACUUCACGGUCACGCGGGAGAGCUUCGACGCGGUCUCGAGGGUGACUUUGGCCCUGCGCCGCUUGGGCACCAAGAUGACGGCCGCCGAGGGCAACUCCGAGACCGCGAAGCUGAUGUCUGGGAGGGCCAUCAGCUUGUGCAAGGCCGUGGCGGGGCCUAGCGAGGCCAUCGAGGGCCUCCUGGUGGCCCAGGGCGAGGCCAAGCGCAACACCUCGAAGGCGGACGUGGCGGAGGCUCUCAAAGCCAUGAGCGUCCCGUACAAGCAGAUGGUCGAGCUCUUCAAUGAGAUCGCGAUCCAGGUGAAGUCCGCGGCCAAGGGCAGCAAGACCGCCGACGCGGUUGCGAACCCAGAUGAUGCAGAAUCCAACUACGUGUCUUGCUUGAAAGAUUUCGCUGGCGGUAGAUCCCUCGAGUCCGUGCUGCAGCCUUUGAACACAGAUAUCAAUAGGUUGACACCUGUUCAUGUGGUCAGAUCGUAUAAGCUGUUGGAGUCGUUGGUGAAAAAAGGAGUGUGUAAUGGAGUUAUAUGGACGUCUCGGUUCAUGAUAGCUACAAAGGCAGUGUGCAGUGACGGAAGUGAGCUCACUGCGACGAACAUCACCGAUCACGUCAGGAAUUGCUUCAGCAUGGUUAGGCAGAUCAAGUUGGACGAAACUUCGAGCGACGGUAAAACCCGUUCCAGGAAGUCGUCACCAUUCCUGCGGCAGUGCGGGGCCGCCGACAGAAUCGUGAUCGACGCCCUCGUCGGAAUGAUGAAGCUCACGCAGCUGAGCGAUGUACCCAUCAAGACGCCCGAUCCCAAGAAGCCUGUGGAUUCGCCGCUAUCAGGUUCGGCGCCGCCAACGUCCCCGACCCCGCGCGGCGCGGCUCUAUCAGACAGCGGUUCGAUGCGUGACUUGUUCAAGACAGGCUUGCGACAGGUCGAGGAUAUGGAGCGUGACUUGACCGAUUGUUCAAGCUUGGCGUCGCUGGCGACAGUGCCGUCCACCAUAGCUUACCCAGAGCACGCGGCGAAGUUCGAUGAAGAUGGGUAUCCACAGAUGCCACCGAGAUCUGACAUAUCUGUGGUAUCUCAGCCAUCGUGUCGCUCUGUUGCACCGUCUCGUUCGAUGAGCAUGCAAGACUUCAUCGACGGGCGCGAGAUUCUCGACGCCCCCGAUGUUGGCCCAGAGAAAACAUCGAAGCCCGACAAAUUCGACGGGCCACCAGACCCUUGCACGCAGCGCCGCAGGAAGGAAAUUCUUCGCGUGCGCAAGGAGGCCAAGGCGACGCAGUCUAUUACGGACCGCGCCAAGAAGCUUACGGUGCCAGAUCCCAAGAAAAAAACAACCAUCAAGACAACGGGCGACGACCCCCCCGAGGAUCGCAAGCUCAUCAAUCCGAAGUUGGCGAAGACAAAGGACGGCCGCUUUGAGAUCCCCGCGAAGGGUCUCCAGACGGGGAAGAGGAUCCACGUGACUACGGUACUGAAAUCAAAAUACGGGGCGUCGGCUGAUGCCGACAUGGAAGCAGUUGCGAAGCACAUGCAGGAGACGCAAUGUUCGAAGGCCGAGGUGAAGAUUCUGGAUGCGCACAUGACAUUCUCGUACCUUGUCAGGUAUGACAGAGUGCGGUUCAACGAAAAGUUCUUGGGCCCAGACGGAUCAGAAGAGACCUUGCACGCGUUCUGGAUUGAGGUAGUUCGCCGACGUGACCCGCGGAUACAGAAUCACCCUAUGUGCCUCGAGCCAGGAGACUUGGAAUGGUACUUCAAGGGGUUAGGCCUCAAGAAUUACAAUCGGACUGACCCGUGUGAGUUCUGCCCGUGCGACAGAGCGCUGCCGAAAGCGAUGUGGCCGACAAAUUUCUCCCCCGCGGCAGCUUGGAAGGCGAGAUUGCAUACGGCGGCAGAUUGGAGAGCUGGCAAGCCAUCGCUUCACGCAUUGCUCGCAGUGUUUCCAUUUGUAUCAUUGAACAACUUAGAGUGCGACGAGUUACACAUCCUGCACCUUGGAGUUUUACAGUAUUAUCUUGGCAGCAUUCUGUGGUUGCUGACAUAUGAUUGCCUCGGCGGAACACCGACCGAGAAUUUCGAGCUGGCGUGGAAAAUGAUACUAGAUGAGUACAGAGGUUCUCCGAGCGGCACAGAGUUCACAAACAUGAGAAUAACAUCUUUCAUCGACUCUGGCAAAUGGAACGAAGCCUACCCAAGGUUAAAAGGGAAGGGCUGUGAGGUGAAGUCUCUUAUUGUGCCUCUCCAUAUCAUUUGGGGAAAGCUGAAAAAAAAAACAGGCCACUUUUACGAUCAGGUUGCCAACCCGCUCGACGCAAUGACUAAAAUACAGUUCAUUAUAGAUGAUUACAGCAAUGACGCGUUCAUUCCAGAUAAUGAAGCGGCCUCCUGCUUGUCUGAGACUGAUAAGUUCUGCCGGGUGUAUUGUUGGCUCACGAACGCGAGCAAGGCUCGCGACCAUCUGUUGUUCACUCCAGCGCCAAAACUACAUUGGAUGUGGCACAUGAGCUACAGAGCAAAGUACUUGAGCGUCCGCAGGGGCGCGACGUUCAUUGAUGAGGAUUUCGUUAAGCACAUGUGCGUGAGUUAUCCUGGGUGUCGCUGCUGGCUGUCCUGCCACUGCGUCUUCCUGGAGAAUCUUUCUGCGCUUAUCCGAG